ACGCUACUCGGAGAGCUAGCAUGACAUGCGCAUGAAGGUCUAUCUCGCUAUGUUAGCAAAACAUUCAGCUAAUUCAUUCAGCUCGUGAUUAAUUAUUUUAAAGAAGAUCGUUAUCCUGCUACUUUACUAUAAAGUGUCGUAUGUCUGUCUUUAAUGACAGUCGAAAAUUUUGUCAGUAGCGAUUUAACGGUCACUGUUUGGCCUAAUCUGAUUAAACCAAUGUAGCUUGUGUGGGCUAACAGCAGACAGUAAGUUGACAAUGUUUGUGUAAACAAUGGACAAGAGUGUUUAACACAUUAUACAGCUGGAAGGUGGCGGUUAUUGUACUGACACCAAGUUUAAAGGUAAGUACGCUCACGCUCUUUCUUAGAAGGCCGUAAACGCGAGCAACAUGGCUGACGUGAAUUUUGUGUGUACUCUGGAAGUCUUUACAAAAGUAGAACAUGUCGUGUUUUAAUGAUUCUGUAUUUCGUAUUUGUGUAUGAAAAACGAAUUACCCAAGCUGGAAAUCUCAGAAAAGGAAGGCGCGAUCCCUAAGAGGAAGUGUUGUGACAUCAAGCCGCAGAAGGUUUUGUUGAAUGCAGUUAACCAAUCAGCUUUGUGGUCCAGUUGGAGGAUGAUCACGUUCAUCCUGAUGGUGAACCGCCAGGGUCAAACACGUUUAUCCAGGUACUAUCAGCCAGUCAAGCUCAGCCAGCGGGUGGCGCUGGAGGCCGAUGUGGUCCGCUGCUGUCUGAGCCGGAAGCGAGACCAGUGUUCCUUUGUGGAGUACAAAGACUUCAAACUGGUGUUCCGCCAGUAUGCUGCCCUCUACAUCGUGGUGGGCAUCACAGAUGAUGAGAACGAGUUGUCAGUCUACGAGCUGCUGCAGAACUUUGUGGAAGUUUUGGAUAAAUACUUCAGCCGGGUGAGUGAACUGGAUAUCAUGUUCAACCUGGACCGAGUGCACGUCAUCCUGGAUGAGAUGAUCCAGAAUGGACACAUCGUGGAGACCAACAAGAGCAGCAUCCUGUCGCCGCUCACGGCUCUUGACAAGAUGGCCGACAGCUGACACCAACAGGAAGAGAGUCUGUGUUGGAAAAAUGCUGGCGUUCCAAACGAUGUCGUGUAUUUUGUAUUCUUUCGAAAGGAACAAGUUUCAUUCGUUACAUUUUCUUCCCGCCAAGCUGUGACGUGAUCGGACGUCAUUCUUCUGUCGUUGCCUCCUGGUGGCCAUCCCAAAGAACACGAGAGCAGCUUCUUGCUACUUUGCAAACAUUUUAAUGAUCUUUUUUUUUUUUGGAGCAAACACGUUUGAAAAUAUCUGUUCAGUUCAAACUGCAACUUGAGUUAAAUAAAUGUUUAUAAUAUACAAAGAAAA